CAGAUUGGGAACAGAGUGUGUUUGUUUCUCAAGUUAAGCACACAAACUGCUAGAGAAAUGUAAUUAUCAAGGAUGAAAAGCUCCAAACCAUUCUCGCUUGGAUUUAGUGAAGCAAGGAGAAUGUCUGCUGUGUGGCUGCCAUGUCUACCAUCUGAACAACCAAUUUAGCUCUCGCUGGGAUUUCUGGAUGCCUGCUGGAUCAGCAUGGCGGAGGUUUGGGUUCACAGAAUCCUUCUUUUGUUUGUCUCUCUGACAAAGUAUCUGGAGGGUACGAAACUGCUGGCAGACCUGAAAAAAUGUGGUGACCUGGAAUGUGAAACUUUAAUGAGCAGAGUCUUAGCUGUGAGAGAUCACACAGGACCUGACUGCCGAUAUCUGAACUUCACUAAGGGAGAAGAGAUAUCUGUUUAUGUUAAACUUUCAGGAGAAAGAGAAGAUUUGUGGGCCGGAAGUAAAGGAAAGGACUUUGGAUUUUUUCCCAGAGAUGCAGUCCAGACUGAAGAGGUGUUCAUAUCUGAAGAAAUUCAAAUAUCAACUAAAGAAUCUGAUUUUCUUUGUCUUUUUGGAGUAAGCUACAUGUUUGAAAAUGGAGAUAGUGAGUUAAACCAUGAUACUAGUGAAAAUAUUGAGCUAUAUGAAGAAGACCAAGACCCAACAUAUGGUAUAUAUGAAAGUGACUUCCACAUAGAACCUGAAUUCUCUGCAACUCCCCCAAGUACUUUGUUUGAAGAGCAGUUUUCAGCAUCAGAGGAUCCUGUAGGUAUCAGAAGUGCUGGGGAGUUAGAUACCCAGGAAGAGGCAGAAGCAAGCAGCGUGGAACAGGAUCUAAUCCCAGAAAAAGAUUAUGUUUCUCCACUCUUCCCUGUGCCAGAAGUACAAGGGCAAUUUGGAAUAGGGACACAAGCUCAAGAGAAGGUUUCUGAGUCUCUUACUGAGCCCGUCCAAGAAAGCUCAUUUCGAAGUAGAAAAAUAGCAGUGGAAGAUGAGACUGACCUAGAGGAAUUAAGCAGUGGUGACCCCCAUGCAGAACACAGGCGUGAACUUGACUCAGAAUUUGCAUCAUUGCUGGAGGAACAGCCUGAACGAGCCCUGGACUCAGAGCACAUUCUCCAGCCGCAAGCCACUGGCUGGUUUGGGAGUGGGUUUACAAGUUAUUUAGGUUUCGAUGAGGAGGAUACAGGACUUGAGUUAUUAUCCAAAGAAAGCAGUCUGCCACUACAAGAUAUUCCCAGUUCCAUAUCAUCUGAUGAAACAGCCCCGGCUCCACCUACAGAAAUGUUAACAGAAACAGAAGACACAGUUACUAACAAUAGCUCAGUUCUCAGGCCAGGUUGGUUUGAUUUUGGUUUUGGCAUACUAAGCUUUGCAUAUGCCAGUGAAGAAAAAAUAAUAUCAGAUGUUGGGAUAAAUGAAGAAGACAGUGGGGUGAAUAUAUAUGAAUACCCUCAUGCGAGUGAAUUUGACCCUGCUAAGGAACAGAAAAUAGAAAGGACUAAAACUGUAGAAACAGAAGAUCAAGCAGAAAAGGAAGAAGUCUUUGAGAAAACAGAUGACUCUGGUACCAUACCAUAUUUGAAAAAGUUCUUGUAUAAUUUUGAUAACCCUUGGAGCUUUGAGAAUGUUCCAAAAGAAACAGAAUUGCCAUUUCCUGAAGAGAUAAUGGAUCAAAAUAAUAUAGUUGAACAUCAUGAAACAGAAGAAUUUUCAGUUGAAUUUUAUCCCACAGAUAAUGUGAAAGAUCUCAUGAUGUUUGAAAGCCAACACAGUCAAUCAGAUAUGGUCUCUACACCAGAGUUAUCCAUGGGAAUUCAUGAUGAAGGACCUUUCAAAACCUCCUCUUCUAAAAAUAAUGAGAAAUCAAAAUUACCAGUAGACUCUGAAAAGCACACUCACAUGGAAACAGACAGAUCUGUGGAAAUCACCUUUCCCGACAGCCAGAUGGUUUCAACUGAUAAUGCUUUGUCUUCUCACAAUGACAUUUCUCAGAGAGAAGAUGCUUCAGAGUUUCAGAUUCAGAAAUAUUUAUUUCAAAUUGAUAUUUGUGAUGUCAUGAAUUCUGUAUUUUCACCAGUUGUACUUCUUUCAGAAUGGGUUAUGGCAGUACUGCCUGAAGAAAUGAAACUGGGCCCUGAUCCCUAUGGUUUAUCUUGGGAAUUGGUGAUAGGGGCAGCUAUUGUUGGUGUUUUUGCUGUUCUCUUAUUUUUAUGGAGAAGUUUUCGAUCUGUUAGCCGCCGCUGUUACGUGGGGAGAGAAAAACAGCUUGCUAUAAAGCUUUCUGAACUAAUUGAAGAAAAAUGUAAACUACUUGAAAAAGUUAGCCUUGUUCAAAAAGAGUGUGAAGGAUUAGAGUCUUCAUUAAAGGAUGCCGGCUUUGAGAAGGAAUCAUCAGAAGCGCAAAGUCUGGAGUUUGAUGAAGGAUCACAAAUAUCAAAGGAAACCUAUGAAGAGCUGGAUAGGAACAAAUCUAAGCUUGAAGAUGAAAUACUCUUUCUAGAAAAAGAACUAGAAAAUGAGAAAUCUAAACAUUCUGAACAAGAUGAAUUGAAGGCUGAUGUUUCAGAAAAGAUACAGGCUCUAGAAGAUGAAUCAAAAUCCCUCAAGUCCCAAGUCGCUGAGGCCAAAACAACCUUCAAAAUAUUUCAAAUCAAUGAAGAGCGACUUAAGGGGGCAAUAAAAGAUGCAAUGAACGAAAACUCUCAACUUCAAGAAAGCCAAAACCAGCUUUUACAAGAAGUUGAAACAUGGAAAGAACUAGUGAAUGAGCUUAAUAAGCAGAAAGUGACAUUUGAAGACUCCAGAGUACGUGCAGAACAGGUUCUAAAUGAUAAAGAAAAUCACCUCAAGUCUCUGACUGAACGCUUGAUAAAGAUGAAAGACUGGGCUGCUGUGCUUGGAGAAGACAUAACAGACGAUGGUAACUUGGAAUUGGAACUGAGGAGUGAGUCAGCAAGUGAUACUCACUUAGAUAAUGAGCCAAAAGGAGCUUUGAAGAAAUUGAUUUAUGCUGCUAAGUUAAAUGCUUCUUUAAAAUCCUUAGAAGGAGAAAGAAACCAGAUUUAUACUCAGUUAUCUGAAGUAGAUAAAACGAAGGAAGAUCUUACAGAGCAUAUUAAAAGUCUCCAAACUGAACAAGUAGCCCUGCAGUCAGAAAACACUCAGUUUACAAGUGAGCGUCAGAGGCUUCAGCAGAAACUUGAAGUCAUGACUGAGCUGUAUCAAGAAAAUGAAAGGAAACUCCACAGGAAAUUAACAGUAGAGGAAAAUUGCCGGUUAGAAAAAGAUGAGAAACUUUCUAAACUGGAUGAAAAGAUGAGCCAUGCUGCUGAAGAGCUGGAGACCUACAGAAUACGAGCCAAAGAUCUUGAGGAGGAAUUGGAGAGAACCAUUCAGUCUUAUCAAGGGCAGAUUAUUUCCCAUGAGAAAAAAGCACACGAUAAUUGGUUGGCAGNUCGAACUGCUGAAAGAAACCUCAGUGAGUUAAGGAAAGAAAAUGCUUACAACAGACAAAAAUUAACUGAAACAGAGUUUAAAUUUGAACUUUUAGAAAAAGAUCCUUAUGCACUUGAUGUUCCAAAUACAGCAUUUGGCAGAGAGCAUUCCCCAUAUGGUCCCUCACCAUUGGGUCGGCCUUCAUCUGAAACGAGAGCUUUUCUCUCUCCUCCAACCUUGUUGGAGGGUCCACUCAGACUCUCACCUUUGCUUCCAGGGGGAGGAGGAAGAGGCACAAGAGGCUUAGAGAAUCCUCUGGACCAUCAGAUUAGCAAUGAAAGAGGAGAUUCAAGCUAUGAUAGGUUGGCUGAUCCUCAUAGAGCACCUUCUGACACUGGAUCUCUGUCACCUCCAUGGGAACAGGACCGUAGAGCGAUGAUUCUUCCACCAGGCCAACCAUAUCCUGAUCCAGCUCUUCCACUGCAAAGGCAAGACAGAUACUACUCUAACUCUGGUAGACUGUCUGGACCAGCAGAACUCAAAAGUUAUAAUAUGCUUUCUUUGGAUAAAAUGGAUGGGCCAUUGUCUUCGGAAACGGAAUCCAGUAGGAAUGAUACCAAAGAUAAUCCUGGUAAUUCAAAUGUGCCUGAUUCUUCUCUCCCUGCUGAAAGCAAAGCAACCAGCCCUGGCUUUGUUCCUCUACCUCUUCCUCCAGUUGGAGCUCAGCCGUUUCUAAUGUAUCCGAGGGCCCAGGUCAUGAGGAGAGGACCUCCUUUCCCUCUACCUCCUCCAGGAAACAUGUAUGGAGCCCCUCGAGAUUAUUUUCCUCCAAGGGAUUUCUCUGGUCCACUUCCACCAUUCCCAAUGCGAAGUGUCUAUUCACCACGGGGUUUUCCUCAUUAUCUUCCCCCAAGAGCUGGAUUUUUCCCCCCACCCCCACCUUCUGAGAGCAGAAGUGAAUUCCCUUCAGGGUUGAGUCCACCUUCAAGUGAGCCUGCUGCUGAGCAUCCCGAGCCACAGCAAGAAACCUGACAAUGUUUUUGGUCUCUUCAGAAGUAAUUUUAUCUCUCAUUUUCAGUUUAAGUAACUGCUGUUACUUAAGUGAUUAUACUUUUGCUCAAAUUGAAGCUUAAUGGAAUUAUAAUUCUCAGGAUAGUAUUUUGUAAAUAAAGAUGAUUUACAUAUGAAUCUUGAGUAAAUUAUUUACAUUUUAUUUUAUUCUAAGCCGUAUAACUUUUAAUUUGAUUAGUCCACUGUUAUAUAGGCAAUAACAGGAGUUUUAUAUAUGCAAUCUUUCAGUUGGGAGUAUUUUAAAUUGGAAAUAAAGGCAACUUUUAUGCCAAGCAAUGUAUUUACUAUGGUUGUAGACAAAUGUGUAAGUAACUUUAUGCCUAAAUAAAUAAAUUUUAAUUUAAA